AUGACAAGCCGCCGCCCGUGCCCUUCCGCCACGGCCUCCCUUCCUCCCUCUCCCUCCAUUUCCCUCGCCGCGAUUCCGCCGCGGCCUUCACCGCCGUGUCCCGCGGAUUUCGCCGCCCGCGCCUUCCCGCCCGCGGCUUUCACCGCCGCGACCGCUGCGUCGCCGCCCUCUGCUCCUGCCGCCGCGACCCUUCCGUCGCCGCCUGCCCUCCCAGCCGCCGCGACUCGUUUUCCCGUCGUCGCCGGCCCUUCCGCCGCCGCGACCUUUUCGUCGCCGGCUGCCCGUCCCGCCGCUGCGACCUCACAUCGCCGCCUGCACCUUCCCUCGCCGCGGCUAACAGCGACAGCAGCGGCAGCCGCACCCCAGCGGCAGCAGCAGCAGCGGCGGCAGCAGCGGCAGCAGCAGCAGCAGCAGCGGCAGCAGCGGCAGCAGCGGCAUCAACGGCAGCAGCGGCAGCAGCGGCAUCAACGGCAGCAGCGGCAGCAGCGGCAGCAGCAACAUCAGCGGCAGCAGCGGCAGCAGCAGCAGCAGCAACAGCCGGAGGGGUCCAGCAGCAGCAACAGCCGGCGAAGUGCCCCAGCUCCACCAGCAGCGCCUCCCCCUUCCCCUGGCCGCCGCGGGUCCACCCGCCGUCGCCUCCCCCUUGACCGCCGCGGGUCCACCCGCCGUCGUCUCCUCCUCGGUCGCCGCGGGUCCACCCGCCGCCGCCCAUCAUGGCCUCCACCCCUCCUGUUCCUCUCCCCCCUCCCAUCGACGCCUCCUCGGUCGACAAGCUGCAGCUUGCUGCAGAUCGCUCCGCCAUCAACUGGCACUCGUUCGUCGGCAGCAUUCGCCACAUCCUUCAAGACGCCUUCAUCGGACCCUACUGCGUCCUUGACGUUCUCCUUCGCCGCUGUUGCAGACGCCACCUUCCUCCACAACCGCCGCGAAUACCUCAUCCGCAAAGCCGACCAUGACGUUGCUGUGCUCAACCACGACUUUGCAUCGUCAGAGCGUGCCACUCGCCUGGAGUUGAUUGCGGAGUACAACACCUCUAUGGCGACUUACAUCCCCAACAGCAUCGCCUGGGCCGCUGCCGACAACCGCGCCUACACCAUUCUCCUCGGUGCACUCCCUGACGCCCUUAUGCGCCGCUUCCAAGCUCGCGAGAUGCGCGCUCACCUGAUUUGGACCGAGCUCCUGUCUAUGUUCGAGCGUCGCGACAUCAGCUCCGUCAGCGUUCUGUUCCAAGAGUACUUUUCCAUUACCCUUGCCACCUGCGACGGCGCAGUCGACUACGUGGGGCGCAUGCUGGGGGUAGCCGAUCACCUUGCCGCUCGCCAGGCUGCCCUUUUCGAGCCCCUGCAGAUCCACCGUCUGCUCUUCAACCUCACGCCGGACUACGAGUCCCACCUUCACGCCUUCACCGAGGCAAACCCCCUGGCUGGCCUCCCCGAAGUGACUAAGCGGAUCAUUGACACGGAGGUCAAGCUCCGCACCCCCAUUGUCAACCUCACCACCACUCAUUCCUCCUCCACCUCCCUCAAUGCCACGCAGCCGCGCAACCUGGCUGCGCCCCCUCCCCCCUCUCCCUCCUCUCACUCUCCCCCUUCUCUGCAACGGCCGGGCCAGCAGCAGCAGCAGCAGCAGCCGGGUCCUCAGCAGCGGCAGCGGCAGCAGCAGCAGCAGCAGCAGCAGCAGCAGCCGGUUCCGCAGCAGGGGCAGCAGCAGCAGCAGCAGCAGCAGCGGCAGCCGAGUCAGCAGCCGGGGCAGCAGCAGCAGCAGCAGCAGUCGGGUCAGCAGCAGCAGCAGCAGCCGACUCAGCAGUAG